AUGGCGGCCGCCUCCCCCUCCCUGACGCCCACGCCGACCAAUGUCAAAGCGAGCGGUGACAUCAACGUGGGGAUCGGUGAGAUGUAUAUUUUCUCCAGUGAAGACAAGCAGGUGUACUCAGAGGAGUUUGGUUCUUGCGUUGCGGUAGUUGUGCAUCGGAAGGACACGGGUGCAGGGAUGCUUUGCCAUUUAGAGAGAUGGCAGUACGAUAGCGAGGCGACAUUUGAGAAAGGAGACAAGGGCAAGCAAUCAUUCCCCGACAUGUGGAACGAAUGUCUGCGCAAAAUCGGACCAGGAGACAUCGAGAUGUGGCUAUUCGGCUCGUUUCCGAAGCCAGAAGGCGAGGGCAGGGAUAUCUUAGGCCAGAAGUUCCGUGGCAUUUUGAAGGUGCAGGACAAGCGGGGUGAUAACAAAUGGAAAUUGACUUCGAUUAGCUAUGAACCGAAAAGCAAGCUGUUGUCCGUCUGCGGAGAUACGACCAAGAAGGAAGAGCCUUAG